AUGGCGUUCAGUCGGGGAUUUUUGUGCUCCCGCAAUUUAUUAAUAAUUUUGUAUAUUUAUUUGAUUUUAAAUGGUUCAAUUGUCAAAAAGCAAAGGGAGAAAUGUUUAUCUUGUACCAGUUCAAUUUUAUACGUGUCAGAAUUACUCGCUUGCUCAAGACCUGUCUAUAAUGGAAAUAUGCGAAGAAAAACCGUUAAACAUAAACCGUUAGGAAACUCGAUGUACUUCCUCCUUGGAUCAAGAUUGUUUAUAAACACUUCUAUUGCUAUCAUUCUUCUACGUUUAUCUGGUGAUAUUGAAAGUAAUCCUGGUCCUGUGUUUGAAAUCCCUGGUUGUUUAAAAAGGGGGCUCAAAGUAAGUCAUCUUAAUGUACGAAGUUUACUUCCGAAGAUUGAUUUGGUACGCAUGUUUAUCAGCAAGAAUCCAUUUGAUGUUUUUACCUUAUCUGAAACUUGGCUUAAACCUACAGUUACUGAUGCAGAAAUUAACAUACCAAACUAUCUAAUUACUCGUCAAGACCGUAAAGAUAAAGCUGGUGGCGGGACAGCUAUUUAUGUCAAGGAGAGUUUACCAUAUCGAACACGUGAUGAUUUAUGUAGUAAAACAAUUGAAACAUGUUGGAUUGAGAUUAUACGACCUCGUAAGAAAUCAAUGUUUAUUUGCUCUGCCUAUAGACCGCCAGAACUUCCACUAAGUAAAUUUAUCGAGGAACUAAACAAAGAUCUUGCCAAAAUUCCAGAAAACGCAGAAAUUGUUUUAUUGGGUGAUUUCAAUGUCGACUACAAACAACGCUCAACGGAUAGAUCGCGCAUGCAAACACUUGCGCGAGCUCACUCGAUCGAACAAAUCGUUACGUCACCAACAAGAAUUACGGAAAAAACGCAAUCAAUGAUUGAUUUGAUUUUUGUGAACAAUAAUCCACGCGUUGUUUCUAGCGGAGUUUUUCCUUUGUCAAUCAGCGAUCAUUCCCUUAUAUACUGCACAAUUAAAGCCGGACUUCCUAAAUCUGGCGGAUGUUAUAGGGACAUUAAUUAUCGUUGCUACAAACAUUACAAUGAAGGCAAAUUUAGAGACGAUGUAGGAAAAUCAGAUUGGACUUUCAUUGACUCGUUAAAUUGACUCAUGAAAUUAUCAAUAAGUUUUGCGAAACAUUUUGUGAAUCGGCCAAUAAGCACGCCCCUAUGAAACCCAAGAGAGUAAAAUCUAUCGUAAGAGCACCAUGGAUGACCCCUGAACUUCUUAACCUCAUGCGAGAACGCGAUUUUCAUUUAAAACAUGCCCAAAAGUAUAAUUCAGAAUACCACUGGAAUACCUACCGCGAUCUUAAGAAUUUCAUAAACCAGCAAGUUAAGAUAUGUAAAUCCAACUACUAUCAAAAUCUGAUCAAUGACAACAGAGAACCUGCUGAACUUUGGAAAACAAUUAAUGAAGUCACUUCUCGCAAUCCAACUAAAACCACUCCCUCCUGUAUUAUCAGUGAAAACGCCCCGGUAAACGACCCACGUUCCAUCGCAACAAUCAUGAAUGACUAUUUCUCAUCUAUAGGAUCCACACUUGCGAACAAAAUUAAAGAUCUAAUCAAACCUAAACCGACUAAGACCACCGCUACAUCACCCCAUUCCUUUAAUUUCAAAGAAGUUGAUGAAGUGUCUGUGUUGCAGGAACUGAGUAAGUUAAGAACUACCAAAGCCACUGGUCUGGACGGAAUUAGUGCUAAACUACUUAAAGAUUCCGCCUAUAUAAUCGCACCAUAUUUGACCAAAAUUUUCAACCUCUCCUUACGCUGUGGCUCAUUUCCCGACAUCUGGAAGAAAGGUAGAGUUACUCCAAUUUUCAAAUCUGGAGACCCAACUUCAUCCAACAACUACCGACCAAUCACCAUCCUACCAACCUUGAGUAAGUUACUAGAACGAAUCGUCCACCAUCAAGUUUACAAUUAUCUGCAAGAACACAAGUUACUAGCUUCCCAACAAUUCGGUUUUAGCUCCAAACUGUCAACCACCAUUGCUCUGGCACAUUUUACUGAGCAGAUACUGGAUAAUCACGAUCACAGAAAAAUCACUGGUGCCGUCUCUAUCGACCUAAGGAAAGCUUUUGAUACCGUAAACCAUACCAUCUUAUUGGAGAAAUUGAGAACAAUCGGUUUUACCUCGUCUGUUCUCGACUGGUUCUGCUCGUAUCUAUCAAACCGUACCCAAGUAACCGUGAUCAACAGUUCAUUGUCGCAACCCAAGCCAGUAACUGUCGGAGUCCCUCAGGGAAGUAUUCUUGGACCACUUCUCUUCCUUACUUAUAUUAAUGAUCUACCUGAAUGCUUGACCCACUGCAA